AUGUCGCAACAAACCGAAUUCGACGCCAUUGUGGUGGGAGCCGGCUUCGGCGGCAUCUACCAGCUCUACUCGCUGCUGAAGCUGGGCCUGUCUGUCCGAGCGAUUGACGCCGCCAGCGAUGUGGGCGGCACCUGGUACUGGAACCGCUAUCCCGGCGCAAUGUCGGACACAAACUCCUUCAUCUACCGCUACUCGUGGGACAAGGAAGACCUCCUCGAGUAUCCGUGGCCCGAGCAUUACGUGAAGCAGCCCGAGGUGCUCAAGUACCUCCAACACGUCGUCGAGAAACACGACUUGCGCAAAUACUUUCUCUUCAACACCGAGAUGAGGAGUGCGGACUUUGACGAGGACAAGAAUGUCUGGAAGAUCAAGACCAAGGACGGCACGAUCUACACCGCCCGUUACGUCGUCACCGCGCUGGGGCUACUGUCGAAGAGGAACUUUCCCGACUACCCCGGCGUGCAUUCCUUCAAGGGGGAGAUGCACCAUACCGGCGCCUUCCCCCGAGAGUAUGACUUUCGAAACAAGCGUGUCGGCGUGAUUGGGAGUGGAUCGACGGGAGUUCAAGUCAUCACGGCGCUUGGAAAGCCGGGCCAGGUGAAGCAGCUGACUUCCUUCCAACGCAGCCCGCAGUACUCUGUGCCGUCCGGCGACGGGCCGGUCAGCAAGGAAGAGAGGGAGAAGUUCAACCAAGGGUACAAAGACGGUUCAGUGUACGACCAAGUCUUCAACUCGCUCGUUGCCUUUGGAUUCGACGAAAGCACGAUCCCCACCUUUAGCGUUUCGGAGGAGGAGCGCCAACGCAUCUACCAGGAGAACUGGGACAAGGGCAACGGCUUCAGGUUCAUGUUUGGCACCUUCUGCGACAUCACCUACGACCGCGCUGCCAACGACGCCGCUUGCAACUUCAUCAAGAGCAAGAUCAAGGAGACUGUCAAGGAUCCGGAGAAGGCGAGGAAGCUGCUGCCCGAUGAGCCUUAUGCGAGGAGACCGCUCUGCGACGGCGGCUACUACCAAACGUUCAACAACGACCACGUCGACGUCGUCCACCUCAAGGAAACCCCCAUCACCGAAUUCAACGAAAACGGCAUUCGCACCUCCGACGGCAAGCAGCACGACCUCGACGUCAUCAUCCUGGCCACCGGCUUCGACGCAAUGGACGCCAACUACAUGCGUGUCAGCAUCAAGGGCCGCAACCGCGAGUCGCUGCAGGACCACUGGGACAAGAAGAACGGACCGUCGACGUACAUUGGCAUGGCCGUGCCCGACUUCCCCAACUGGUUCAUGAUCACCGGGCCCAUGGGCGCGUUUGCGAACCUGCCGCCCGUGAUUGACACGCAGGUCGAAUGGAUCACCGACGCGAUCAAGGCACAGAUGGAGCGCGACAACGAGAAGAGCGUCGGAGCGGGCGGGACGGCCGAGGGUAAAAAGACCAUCGAGGCCAGCCAGGCCGCCGAGGACGGCUGGCUGGAGGGAUGCUACAAGCUCGCGGCAGGCACGCUCUUCACCGAGGCCAACUCCUGGAUCUUUGGCACCAACAUCCCCGGCAAGCGCUACGCCAAAGCCCUGACCUUUUUCUUCGGAGGCCUCAAGACGUACCGCCAGAUCAUCGACAAGGAGGCGCAGGAUGGAUACCCCGGGUUCGAGAAUCGUGCGCCUCUCGCGGCUUGA